AUGCAGUCAAAAAGUCCAAACACCGAACCCUUCGAGCACACAGUAUCGAAGCACAAAUUCUCCCGUGCGACCAAAGUAACUCAAGAACCCACUGAAGAAACAACAAAGAGCACUAUUACCAUUGUUUCCAUCUUACUGCAGCGAAAAAGUGAUCCGGUCUCCGAAAAGCCCCAUGAUCCGGAUCAGCUUUCCGAUGAUCGUGAGUCUCACGGCGAUGCUCUGAUGGCAAAGAUUAGUCACGACUUAGGGAACGAAAGUUUCACGGGUACCCAGUGUGAAAUCGACAUCGACGAGUGCGCCGCAAAACCGUGCUUGAACGGCGGCAUAUGCACCGAUCUGAUAAACUCCUUCAAAUGCACUUGCGCGAACGGUUUCGCCGGUUCUCAUUGCCAGAUCAACAUAGACGACUGCGCCUCAUCGCCGUGCAAGAACGGUGGCAGUUGCCAGGACUCCAUAGCGAAGUACACGUGCGACUGCCCGCCAGGAUUCACAGGAGCCUCGUGCGAGACGAACAUCAACGACUGCCAAUCGAAUCCAUGCCACAGCGGCACCUGCAUCGACGGCGAGAACAGCUUCAGCUGCAACUGCUUUCCAGGAUUCACCGGGAAAUUGUGCCAGACGCAGAUCGACGAGUGCGAGAGCAAUCCAUGCCAGUUUGGAGGAAGGUGCGAGGAUCGUAUUAACGGGUACCAAUGUAUUUGUAGGCCUGGAACGUCUGGGACGAACUGCGAAGUGAACGUGAACGAAUGCUAUAGUAAUCCGUGUAGGAACGGGGCGAGAUGCAUCGACGGGAUCAACAGGUACUCUUGCGAGUGCGAGCCAGGCUUCACAGGGCAUCACUGCGAGACGGACAUCAACGAGUGCGCGAGCAACCCUUGCGCGAACGGUGGACGAUGCAUAGAUCUGAUAAACAGCUUCCGGUGCGAGUGUCCUCGCGGCUACUACGACGCUAGAUGCUUGAGCGACGUGGACGAAUGCGCCAGCAAUCCUUGCGUGAACGGUGGCACCUGCGAGGACGGUGUCAACCAGUUCAUCUGUCACUGUUUGCCAGGCUACGGCGGCAAGAGAUGCGAGGCGGACAUCGACGAGUGCGGCUCGAAUCCUUGCCAGCACGGUGGCACAUGCAACGACCACCUGAACGGGUACAGUUGCAAGUGUCUGGCCGGUUACGCCGGCACGAACUGUGAGACGAACAUCGACGAUUGCGCGAACAAUCCUUGCCAGAAUGGCGGUUCUUGCAUCGACCUCGUCAACGACUACAAGUGUGUCUGCGAGCUGCCUCACACCGGCAGGAACUGUGAGGACAAGCUGGACCCUUGCUCGCCUAACAAAUGCCUUCACGGUGCGAAGUGCUCGCCAUCCUCGAACUUCCUCGACUUCGCCUGCACUUGCACGGUCGGCUACACUGGUAGAUUAUGCGACGAGGACGUCGACGAGUGUGUAAUGACGUCUCCGUGUAGAAACGGGGCUACUUGCAGGAACACCAAUGGCUCUUAUCAAUGCGUCUGUGCGAAAGGAUACGAAGGACGAGAUUGUAUCAUUAACACCGACGAUUGCGCUUCCUUCCCCUGUCAGAAUGGUGGCACUUGUUUGGACGGUAUCGGUGACUAUACCUGCCUCUGCGUGGACGGUUUCAGCGGUAAACACUGCGAAAUCGACGUGGACGAAUGCUUGUCGCAACCGUGUCAAAACGGUGCUGUUUGUAAGGAAUACGUGAACUCGUACACUUGCCAGUGUCAGCUCGGAUUCUCCGGUAUAAAUUGUCAGACGAACGACGAGGAUUGCACGGACAGUAGUUGCAUGAACGGUGGCAAGUGUAUCGACGGUAUCAACAACUAUACUUGCGUCUGUAAACCUGGUUACACAGGUUCGAACUGUCAGUAUCGUAUCAACGAAUGCGACAGCUCUCCUUGCUUAAACGGCGCCACUUGCCACGAUCACGUUCAGUAUUACACCUGUCACUGUCCAUACGGGUACACCGGAGCUAGAUGCGACCAGUACGUCGACUGGUGCGUGGAUAAUCCUUGUGAAAAUCAGGCUACCUGUGUCCAGCACAAGAAUAAGUACCACUGUAACUGCUCGCCCGGUUGGACUGGCAAAGUUUGCGACGUUGAAAUGGUAUCUUGCAAGGAUGCGGCUAUAAGGAAAGGAGUACCGGAGAAGAACCUCUGUAACAACGGCACGUGCGAGGACAUAGGUAACAGUCACCGUUGUCACUGUCUCGAAGGAUACACAGGAUCGUAUUGUCAAGAGGAAGUGAACGAGUGCGACUCUGCUCCUUGUCAAAACGGCGCGACCUGUAAGGAUCUCGUUGGAUCGUAUCAGUGUCAGUGCACGAAAGGUUUCCAAGGGCAGAACUGCGAGCUUAACGUGGACGAUUGCAGGCCUAAUCCUUGUCAGAACGGCGGUACAUGUCACGAUCUUAUCAGUAACUUCAGUUGCUCUUGUCCACCUGGCACUUUGGGCUUCAUAUGCGAGCUGAACGUCGACGACUGCGCUAUCGGUACUUGUCACAACAACGGAACGUGCACCGACAAGGUUGGCGGCUUUGAAUGCAAAUGUCCACCGGGUUUCGUGGGACCUAGGUGCGAGGGAGAUAUCAACGAAUGUCUCUCCAAUCCGUGUGCUUCGCCAGGUACGCAAGAUUGCGUGCAACUGGUCAACAACUAUCACUGCAACUGCAAACCCGGCUACAUGGGGCGUCACUGCGAGGUGAAAGUGAACUUCUGCGACAGUUCACCAUGCCAGAACGGUGGUGUUUGCACCGCGAAACAAGCUGGACACACUUGCCUUUGUCCCAGUGACUAUUAUGGAAACAACUGCGAGUUCGCGGGUUCCUAUUGCGAUAGAGAGCCUUGCUUGAAUGGAGGUACCUGCAGAGUGGCUGAAACUGAUGUUGGAUACAGAUGCUAUUGUCCUCCUGGAACAACUGGAACUCACUGUGAGAUCGACGCUAGGGAUGAAUGUGCCAGUAAUCCGUGUCAACAGUCUAAUGCCGUUUGCAAGAAUCUUCUUGGUGAUUAUGCCUGUGACUGUCCGCCUAAAUGGACAGGCAAGAACUGUGAAAUUUACGACCCUAACUAUGGAGGAGGAAUCUUUGGCAGUCCUAAUUCGAACGUUCCAAAAACUAUGAAUGCGUAUGAUCUUGAUCUGGAAUUGGAGAGAAAGAAAUGCAUUGAGAAUAGAUGCGAGGAGAAGUCUGGUAACCAUCAUUGCGACGAGGAAUGUAACAGAUACGCUUGCAACUUUGAUGGAAACGACUGUUCAUUGGGCAUCAAUCCCUGGCGCAAUUGCACUGCUCCUAUCAACUGUUGGGACUUUUUCAUGAACGACGUUUGCGACGAAGUUUGCAACAAUGCUCAGUGCCUGUUUGAUGGAAGAGACUGCGAGAGAAAGUUGGCCCCAUGCAAUCCCAUCUACGAUGCCUACUGUCGCAAGCACUAUGCCAAUGGCCACUGUGAUUACGGCUGCAACAACGAAGAAUGUAACUGGGACGGUCUCGACUGUGACAGAGAGCCACCAUCUCUAGCAGAAGGUGUGAUCUCCGUAGUGGUAAGGAUGGACAUGCAAACGUUCCGCUCAAACGUAGUGGCCUUCCUGAGAGACAUUGGCCACGAAUUAAGAACCACGUUAAGAGUGAAACAAGACGAGCUUGGAAACAACAUGAUAUACCCCUGGAAAAGAGAAAGAGAUCCUGGUUUGCAAACUAACAUCUUUGGCCGACCAACCACGAUCUACACCAACACUCAAAGCGGCGUGAUCGCCUAUUUGGAAAUCGACAACAGAAAAUGUACCGUCACCCAAGGAGCAGUAUGUUUCCCUUCAGCCAACGAGGCAGCAGAAUACCUUGCAGCCACUGCAUCCAAACACUCCCUAUCCCGAAACUUCCCCAUCGAACAAGUUCGAGGUGUAGUUGGUCCGCAAGGUCCAGAGUAUCCCGAUACCCCAACCAACUACAAGUAUGUCUUCAUCGGAGUCGUGAUCGUGGUACUUGGAGGAAUGUUAGUCGGUGUCCUUGUCACGGCGCAAAGGAAACGUGCAGUGGGAGUCACCUGGUUCCCAGAAGGAUUCCUGCGCACCAACAGCGGCAGCGGACAACGUCGUAGAUCAAGAAGACGCGGUCCAGACGGUCAGGAGAUGAGGAACUUGAACAAACAGCCUUCGGUGAACUGCAUGGAUCUUGACGUAGGAAAUGGUAGAGCGCAGCAAUGGUCGGACGAUGAAUCAGAUCUCCCACCUUCGAAGAGGAUGAGGGCAAUAGAGCCUGGAUACGCCAGCGAUCACACUGCCAUUACGGAUUACGAAGAAACAGAACCUCGAAUGUGGACUCAACAACACUUGGACGCGGCAGAGAUACGCAGACCUGACGCUGGUGUCUUGACACCGCCUAGCCUCGAACAUGGCCAAGACGUAGACGCCAGAGGACCUUGUGGAAUGACACCAUUGAUGGUAGCUGCUGUACGAGGCGGAGGAUUGGACACAGGAGAAGAGGAGGAUGAGAGCGACGGUACAGCCGCGGUGAUCGCUGAUUUAGUUGCUCAGGGAGCAGACCUGAACGCUACCACAGACAAGAGUGGCGAGACGUCUCUUCAUCUGGCGGCCAGGUACGCCAGAGCUGACGCAGCGAAGAGGCUCCUCGACGCGGGAGCAGACGCCAACUCUCAGGACAACACCGGCAGGACGCCUCUUCAUUCCGCCGUCGCUGCCGAUGCAAUGGGAGUUUUCCAGAUACUGUUAAGGAACAGAGCGACAAAUCUGAACGCUCGUAUGCACGAUGGAACAACUCCGUUGAUCCUGGCCGCUCGUUUGGCCACCGAAGGCAUGGUGGAGGAUCUCAUAAACGCGGACGCUGACAUUAACGCAGCUGACAACAGUGGCAAAACCGCUCUCCACUGGGCUGCAGCUGUCAAUAAUGUCGACGCUGUGAACAUACUUCUCGUCCACGGCGCGAACAGAGACGCCCAAGACGACAAGGACGAAACACCGUUGUUCCUCGCCGCCAGGGAAGGCAGUUUCGAAGCUUGUAAAGCGUUGCUCGACACGUUUGCCAACAGGGAGAUCACCGAUCAUAUGGAUCGAUUACCUAGAGACGUGGCCAGCGAGAGAUUACACCACGAUAUCGUGAGAUUAUUGGAUGAACACGUGCCUAGAUCGCCGCAAAUGGUGAACGUGAUACCAAACGGUCCUCUAAUGGGCUCCCCAAAUCACCCACAACUCAUCACGCAUCCUACGGUGAUCGGUUCCGCCCCGAAGCAAGCAAAGUCCAAGAAGCGGCCAAAAACAGGGACAACGGGGAAUCCAAACAGUCCCGAAUCGGAAGGCGGUGUGGUAGUAGUGAGGCGAAAACCGUCGGUAAAAAAGCCACCGGCAAAGCGCGGCGCUCAGCCCCCAAACCAAGAGAUUCCUCAAGGUGCGGAGGGCGCAGAGGGAAAUCUACCGAGUCCCUACGACAGUGCGAGCCUGUACAGCAACGCGCUUCCGUUAGUGGGUCACACGGCAACGGCGAAGCAACCGCCGCCGUACGAGGACUGCAUAAAGGGCCAGUCCAUGCAGGGCCUUCAACAGUUAGGCCUGGACACGUUCACGACCAACUACGGGUUGCCUAACUUUCACGACCAACUGCUAGCGCCGCACCAGCGGCAGGCGCAGGGUAUGGUGAACACAUUGUCGCCGCCUUAUAGCAAUCAGUCACCGCCACACUCGGUGCAGUCGAACAUGACCCUGUCGCCACAGGCGAGCUACAUGGGCUCGCCAUCCCCGGCGAAAAGUAGGCCGUCGUUGCCUACUUCCCCCACCCAUAUUGCUGCCAUGAGACAGGCGACGCAUCAGAAGCACGGUGGCAUGCCACCGGUGGGUUUCGACUUCGAGAAUCUCCCCUACUCGUCGAGUCAGCAGCAACAACAGCAGCAACAGCAACAGCAGCAACAGAUGCAGCAGACGCAACAGCAGAUCCAGCAGCAGCAGCAGCAACAACAACAGAGCACGCAGCAGCAGCAACAACAGCAACAGCAAGCUCAACAACAAACGCAACAAUACUACCAGUACUUGACGCCACCUUCCCAUCAUUCUGGGCCAGAUGUGACGCCGCAACAUCUAAUGCAAGCGCCGGAAAGCUUCCCGACACCGUCCCCGGACAGUCCAGGCCACUGGUCCUCCAGUUCGCCGCACUCGAACAGUGAUUGGUCCGAGUGCAUGGCGUCGCCGAACGCGUACGGCGCCGGAGCCGCUCACCAAAGCAAUAAGGGCUCCGAGGCGAUCUACAUAUGA